GCGUCGCAUAUAAGAAUUAGUAUUAAAGUAGCCUCUAAAUCGGCAUUACGUCUUUAAUUUCUCCCUUACAUAUAUAUGUACCUGGUGAAAAUCCCAGGGUAAUCUAGUGGCUCCCGUAAGAAAAGCAAAAGUGGCGCAGCCUGGUGAGGAUUUUCCGGAAAAAAAUCCGUAGUUUACGUGGUUUAGGAAAAUCCAAAACGAACCUCAAAAUUUAAAAUUCUUUUGCGUCGGUCAAGCCAAGGAAAAGCAAUGGGAGUAGCGGUGAGGGGGUGAGUGAAACUUUUCGCCAAUCCUUGUUCCAAUUUCCCGUACUUUUCAUAUUAAUAAUUAUUAUAAGUAGUUGUUAUUGUAGAGAUCAAACCUUGCUCACUAUAACAUUGUAUUGUAACGCCUGAUAUCACCGGAUGGACUUAUGCGGUCUUAUCUCUAUUCUAAGAAUAUGAAUGUGCACAGAGCACUUACGUACAUAGAGACUUCAUUUAAAUGAAAUAAUUUUUUAAAAUUGUUGAAAAUAUAUAAUUGUAAGUUAAAAGGAAUUGAAUACACUUAAUUCAUUAAGUUUUAUUAUUUGAAAAAAAUACAUAAGUUUUAAACUUAUCUUAUUGUAGUACACUACACUUUUACUCUAUAUUUUAUAACUUAUACAAAUUUAAUUUCUAAUUCUAUAAUUUUAUUUUACUUUUACAUUGUGUUUUAUUGUGUGUUCUAUUGUGUUAAAUGUGUGAUUAUACUUGUAAGUAAAAGUGUUUAUACGAAAGCCAGUUGCAUCCUCUGAACAUUUCAUUACUCUAUCAUCAUGGAAACAGCGGCCGUCUCAUCGGUACCUAAAGAAAUUGUGCAAUUAAUCCCUUUGUUUGGUGGUGAUAAAAGACAAUUAAAUCUUUAUUUGCGAAAAUGUCAAUAUGUGAUUGAUCGGUUUAAGGGGAGUGAUGAACAAAAUCUUUACGUUUUUAAUGUUAUAACGAGUCGCCUGAAAGAUGAUGCAGCUGCGCUUCUCUCCGAACGGGAGGACAUUGUUACGUGGUCCGCAUUAAAAGAUUUGUUAAUACAGCAUUUUGGAGACCCGCGCAGCGAAGCUUGCAUAAGUGUUGAGUUAGAGUCAUUAAAAAUUUAUCCGGGUGAAAGUUUCCUCGACUUUUGUAAUAGAAUCCAAACUGUGCGUUCGUUAUUGAUGUCCAAAGUAAAUGCAUGCGACGACUUGGAGAUGAAACGUUCCAAGGCAAUUAUAUAUAAUAACACAGCUCUUAACGUGUUUCUGUAUAAUCUUCCCGAACAUAUGGUUCGAGUCAUUAGACUAAAGGCACCCACUUCCUUAGAAACCGCCUUGAGUAUGGUGCUCGAGGAAGUGAACUUCACGGAACAGUACAAGACGCGUAAUCGUAUGCAUAGUAAUAACCAAUUUACGAGUUCGGGUUCAAGACCAGCGAUCGCCCAACCGUUUGGUUACAAACCCCAACUACCACCUCAUUCCAAAUUCAAUUUUAAUAACACUCAAAUGCCUCAAAUGCAAGGUCAAGGUCAACCACCAAAAUCAGUCAUGGGUUAUAGACCCCAAUUAGGUUUUCAGCCACAACAAUUUGGGAUUAGGCCCCCACAUAAACUUGGGUACAUGUCCCCACAAAAAUUUGGGUACGAACCCAUACAACAAUUUGGUUACAAGCCUCUACCACAAUAUGGGUACAUGCCCCCACAACAAUUUGGGUACAAACCCACACAACAAUUUAGUGACAUGCCCCCACAACAAUUUGGGUACAAACCCACACAACAAUUUAGUGACAUGCCCCCACAACAAUUGGGGUACAAACCCCCACAGCAAUUUGGGUAUAAACCACCACAACCCCAGCAACAAACUAAUGACGUAUCCAUGAGGACAGCACAGCCUAAAAUGCAACAAGAUUUUAAGUUAAACAAGUUAAUGAACAACGAGGAAAACAACUUCCCCCAUGACGAUUAUUAUGAAAAUGACUAUGCAAAUGACAUUAAUUUCGGUUAUGACGUUGACACAAAUCAACCAAAAUAUUCUGACGCAUCUUAUCAUGAAUCAGAACCAACUUGUAUUCCAAUUAUGAAUAACAAUUUAAAUUAUAUAAUAACACCUGCAAGUUCAGAACAGCAAGUUACGAGUAAGUUACCUGUCGAUCAACAUUCAAGUGAUGCUGUACUUGAUUUAAUUAAAAAUGAUAAACAAAAUAGCAAUGCUGAUGCUCUACUCAAAAUUAAAAUUAAUGCUUUAAAUUCAGGCAAAGAAAAUCCGUCACCAAUAGUAAACGUAGAUGAAAAAUUAAGUCACAGUGAUUCAUCGACAGUAACUAUAUCAGAUUUGAGUCGAACAGCGACCGCUAGUUCUAUAGAAUUUAAUGAUAAAAAUGUAAAUGAUUACCCGGUGCGGUCAGAAUCUAGUAAAACAGAUACCAUCCAUUCAGCUAUAAAUCCAGAGUCAUCUGGGAUACCGAUUUUGAAUGAGGCCAUAGAUACUAAACCUAAUCAAAUUCUAGUUUUUUCGUGGAUUAAAAACGAAAUGCAGGUAAGCGAUCUCUCACGUGAUAAACAGAAGGUCUUAGAAGUUUUCUUACCAAUAGACAACCCUGAAUUAAUAAAGGAGUUUUUGAUAAAGCAUAUAAAACCAAAAAUAAAGUAUUUCAUUUAUUUCGAAGAACAAGAACAUCGUAGGCUAUUCAGUAAUUUAAUAAUACAGCUUUUUGAAAGUCUGGUAAUUUUUUAUGAAUGCACAGAACGAGUCGUAUAUGUUAAAGAUGAAGGAGAACAGAGAGCUAUGAUAAACAAUUACCAAGAAGGAAAAACAUGCCAUCGUGGCAUUAAGGAGAGCUUAGUUAGGUUUCGUAGAAAUUAUUAUUGGGAUAAAAUGGUAGCAAAAAAGAAAAAGGUUAGGGAAAAGAAAGGUAGUAAAGCUAACAUUCAGUUUUCUAAAGGAAACAUUGUUUUUGCAAAGGAUGUUAAUAAGCGUAAAAGUAGAGAUAAACCAAGAUAUGUUAAAGCGAAAGUUAUAGGACAUUCUGAAGGAAAUAUUUUAUCCAUAAAAGUACGACAAAGGAAAACCAAAACGCCCAUUAAGAACAUUAAACACCCUCCGCAGGUUUUGCUGUGUCUUGCUAGUAGUGAUGCAGGCGCAGGCCCUCCAUCUACAAAAACUUGAUUAAGUAUAUUAAUUGUCUCUAAAAUGUUUGAUAAAAUUUAACUGUAAUUUGAAACAAUGAAUGUGAACUCUAUAGAAUUACUCUAUCAUUUAAAUGUAAUUUCUUACUCAAAAAGCAUUUGUGUAAAGUCAUUUAUAAAAAUAACCAGAUUACAUUUAUAAUGGAAAUACCGAUUACUGAUAACUCAACGUAUAAUUUUUACUUUAAGAUAGAUAAGAUUUUACUUUAAGAUAUAUUCCAAUACCAAUUUUUCAUGAAUCUCAAAAUAAAACCCUGGCUAUCAUUCCCAAAUAUCCUUACCUUUUGGCGAAAGGAAUCAAAUACUUACCGCUUGUUAAACCAUGUCAAUCAUUUUCUACCGGCAAUCAGUUCCUGUGUACUGCAGACAACCGAG